CGAAACCAAACGCAACUAUGUCCAUGACUGACAAAGCCGUUUCGACGGAAGACCUGUGCGCUGACUCCCAGAAACAAGGCGUCCUGCCAGGCGUAGCCCGACUGGAAGCCAUCCUCCACACCCUCGUAGAAAACAAAGUGGAGGCCUUGAAGAACGACAGUCGCAAGGCUUCCAGCGUCAACUCCAGUCCGAUGAGUAUCUUUAAACGUUUGAAAUUCACCUCCGGUUCCAACCAGAGGACGAAGAUCGAGGAAGCCAAGCCGCAGAAGGAUGAAAAGGGCGCCAAGCACAAAAAGAGGGAGCACCACGUUGUUAACGUGAGCCAGAUCAAGAGACAAGCUCUGAAACAGGAAGUCUCGAUUUCAUCUCCCGAAAGUCAACAGUAUCAGUGCAGAGUACGAAGCUGCGAAGUGUCCCUAAACAGCGAGGAGGACAGGAAUCGCUCCAUCAACUACGAUAAUAUUUACAUCGACAACAGCUGUUCGUCGCUCUCGGAGAAACCGCGAUGCUGCUGCAACAGGGACAUCAACAGAGAACUCAUGCACUUUGACGACGACUACAUCUCCCUCAAGAUCGAGGGCUUCGGCGACGUGGAGACGGACGCCAUCAUCUCCGAGGAGGCGCUGCGGCGCGCCCGACGCAAGAGAAGGAGAAGACGGAAGCGCAGGAUGAAGAAGCGGCUGGCCACGCACCACGCCCACUUGGUGGAUCCCGUCGAUGUCCACGACAGCUACAAGAACCUGACCGAAGACGAGCUGUCCAGGAGGGCCAAGUGGACCAUAGUGGCGACCGCCUGCCUACUGCUUUUCAUGUGCCUGUUGCUGGUGGGGAUCACUCUGAGGAUGGCGCCCAUCAUCGACGAAAUGGUACGCAAAGAAAAUGAAGAGUUCGUUCACUCCAUCACGAGGCACAGAAAUUUCUCGACUUCCGUCCACAAAAACGUAACGUAAGGUUUGUUGGUACUGGCAUUUGCCCAUUGCAUUUUUUAGUUUUGAUUGGCGGGCCAUCCAAAAAUUUUGGGAAGGUAUCGCAAUAUUUACGCGAGAAAAAUGGGCAAAACUUGCUGUUUUAAGCAAGAAAGUAACAUACAACGCUAGGUUGAAUAAAUUUUAGAAUAGGUUUAUCGCUUUUUCAUUCGAAAGAUACAAGUUUUGUUAAUGAAUAUUUAAAAUUUAUUUUGUCACAAAAUAACUUCUCCAAAUGUAGAAUUAGCGCAAAUUUUGUAAAAAACUACUUAUUUUUUUAUAAGGAGUUCAUUUAAACAAACUAUUGUUUUUUUGCGUACCAAAAUUAAUGUCAAUAUAAGUGUUUCUGGUAAGAUAAUGGAAAUACGACUUCAACCAUUAUAAAAUAAAAAAAAGGUAAAGGAAACUGCUAUAAAAACUGAUAAUUAAAAAUGAAAUAUGUUGCCUUCAAAAAAACUGAUAUAUUAAAAGUUAAACAUUUAUAAAGUGACUCACAAAACACUAUAAACUAGAUAGAAGUGAAGCAGUAGCUUAGAAAAAAUAAAAGGAAGAUUUAUUACUGUCUUUCAUCAAAUAAAACUAAAAUAUUUUGAAGGAUAUUAAAAAUAUACCUACAUUCAUAGCGCACAGUAUACUUAUAAGCCUUAAGUAAGUAUUAGUCGUACAGAAAACUACCCUGUUAGUAAUAAUAAAAAUCAAAAAUCAAACUACAAUCUUCUGUGUUCCAUAUAGAGAUAUUGAUACGAUCAGAGUUUUAGCAGAACCAUCGAAAUUCGCGUAAAUGACGUUUGAAAUGGGCCUAGAACUGAACCUUGAGGCUCACCGGGUUCCCUCAAACUGGCCUAAGCUUAUCGUGCUUAGAACAACAGGGUAUACUUGAAAAUAAGACUAUAAGCGUAGCCAGGACUGGAUUAAAUUGUUAACAAUUAGGUAUUUAAAAAAGAAAUUAAACCACAAUAAUUAUAUAACGUAUUUCUCGAUGUAAAAUGUAUCUAGGCGACCGUAAAAAUCGUUUGAAUGGGUUUAGAGUCAAUAUACAGGGUGUUUUGACGUUUGAUAAAUGUAAAACUCUUAAUUAUGUGUUCAGGUAAUGAAUGUUAUGUUCCCUAUAUGUAAAAACUGGUUGUACGCCCCUGCGAGAGUAGAGAUUUAAAGAUUAUAUUCCCUAGAAAUCAACAAACGUGUAUCAAUUCGAAAAUCAAAAGACAAUCAGAUUGAAAAUAACAUUUGGUCGAAGUUUAUUUUAAAUACAACUAUAAAACUUUUGAUAUGACAAUUUGUUGGUAUAUUUACAAUAAGCACAAUGGAAAAACCAAACUUUCGUGACUGACUGAUCCCUAUAGUCGUAUCCGUUGUAACUGUACCCCCUAGUACUUCUUGCUGCUGUAGCUUACUGCAAGAACCAGAGGAAGAAGAAGAAUAUUCGAAAGAACCGUCCUUUGUUUUGCAGUAAGCAGUAAGCAAUAGAGUGGGAGUAUGUCGACCUUUCUACUAACUUUAACUAAUACAUGUGAAUGUGAUAUCUUCCUCGACCCUCCACGCCAAAACCUGUGUCAAAGUAAACGAAAUAGGUGUUAGAUGUUGUCGAAAACUGUUAGAUUUAAGUACCUACACCUUAAGAUACUCGAGAUCUGCAACAAGUAGACGUAUAUCCUCAUGUAAGAAA